CUCGAGUAUCCCAUCGAGAGGCAAAUGUUUCUCCAGAUCAUCCUCCUUGUUUUCUCUUAACUACGUAGUGCUCCAUUCUGAAGUUUCACUGGCCGUUCUUUAAUCAAACUUGGUCUUGGGAGUCGCCUUCUUUCUUUGCUUCUGUCCCAUGGAUCCUACAUAUCCUCCACCGUCGUCACUCGCUCCGACCUCACUUCUCUUUCAUCUCUCAUCCUUCAUGAGGAAGUCGCGAUAGAGAAACAAGCUCCGGCCUAGUCAACCCACAAUCACUGUCCAUCGUUCCUGCCAACUUUGAUCGAUCUGAUCCACACGCCCCGCUCUCACCCGCCAACUUCCUUGGACCAGAACGCCUUUUUUGCGACCUUCUUCCCGCAGCAGCUAUAUUUUUUAGAGCUACGAUAACCCAUCUGUUAUACAACACUCAUUUUUCAGGAACACUCCUUUUUAGGACUCGCCCGUUGCGUUCGUGGUUCAAUAUGUUCUCCAGCACGCUCGUUAAGGCUGGCGUCGCUGCCAUUGCUGCCGCCACAACGGCCGUGGCCGCCUCGCUCCCUGAGAUCUCCGUGGUGGGAAACAAGUUCUUUGACCCUUCGGGGAAGCAGUUCUUCAUUAAGGGCAUUGCGUAUCAAUUGAUUCCCCAUGACCCGUUGAAGGACACCGAACAAUGCACACUCGAUGCGAAGGCGAUGAAGACAUUGGGUGCCAAUACUAUCCGUGUCUACCACGUCGACCCCACGGCCGACCACGAUGGGUGCAUGUCCGCAUUUGCCGAUAACGGCAUCUAUAUCCUGGUGGAUCUCGACGACUUUGCAACUGAUAUCGACCCGUUGAAGCCAACAUGGGCCGAUUCCCAGUACAAGGCCUACUCUGCCAUCUUCGACGUUUUCGCCAAAUACACCAACACUCUCGGUGUCUUUAUUGGCAACGAGGUCAUUGCCCGUGCCAACCAGUCUGAGGCUGCGCCAUAUAUCAAGGCUGCCACCCGCGACAUGAAGGCCUACCGUGACAAGCAGGGAUUCCGCAAGAUCCCGAUUGGAUACUCCGCCGCAGAUAUCGCAGAAUUGCGCCCCAUGCUCCAGAACUACCUUGUUUGCGGCGACACUGCAGAUACGGCUGACUUUUUCAGCUUGAACGCCUACGAGUGGUGCGAGCCGGGCAACGACUUCCAGACCUCUGGAUACAAAACCCUAAACGAUAUGGCCGCAGGAUACCCCGUCCCCAUCUUCUUCUCGGAGACUGGCUGCAACACCGCUCGCCCCCGCCUCUUCCUCGAUCAGAAUGCCAUCCUUGGCCCAGACAUGAACGACCUCUGGUCUGGCGCCAUCGUCUACGAGUGGAUCGAGGAGAAAAACAACUAUGGGCUGAUCAGCUACGGACCACCACAGGGAGAGAAGACCGACGAUAACAUCGAGGACGGCUUCCUCCGCAAGGGCACCCCGACCCCAGUCCAGCCUGACUUCUCCAACCUCCAGGCCGUCUGGAAGACCAACAACCCCAAGGGAACCGCCAAGGCCGCGUACACGCCAAAGCUCACCGCCCCAGCCUGCCCGAAGUCUACCGCCGGCGGCUGGCUCUUGAACGGCGACGUCGCCCUCCCCACGCUCAACCAGGUCUUCACUGCAUCCGCGACCAACAAGCCAACCGGCGGCGGCAAGAACCAAAUCCCAACGGCCACCAGUACCAAUGCAGCGGCGGCAACCGGAACAAACGGUGCCGUGGCCGUCGGCCGUGAACUUUCCGGCGUGACCGGCGCGCUUGCCGCUGUUGUGGUUGGCUUCGCCGUGUUGCUCUAGACUGCUGCAUUUCCUAUAGUAUGGCGUUCUAGAUAGUUUGUACUUUUUUCAUGCACCUUCUAUGUAUCUUUAUUUUUUUAAGCUUGUGAAUAAUUGACUGUGUUUUUUUGAGACGACGGGGACGUAGGGAAGGAGUGAUGGGUGUAUCUAUGUGUUACAUUGUUGGUGUUUUUAAGCACAGCAUAGCGUUGCUCCGCGCUUUAUAGUGGGCAUGUAGCAUAGGGAGAUGUAUAGAUGUGAGAGGAAGAGAUGAAAUUUCUCGGUUUUUGGUCAAUAUGGGAGGGUGGUGAUGACCAUAGGCUGAAAAGGCUGAAAAACGGCCGAGGUCUGAGGUAGAUAUUUUGCUUAGACGUGCAAGAGAGUAAAGAAGACACUAGUAGUAACAAAAUCAUACUACCAAAAAGAUGAUACUGUUGAAUUUAAAGCUGAAGUUGUAGCUAAGGGAUUUGAACAGAUAUAUGGCUUAGACUAUAUUGACACCUUUGCAGCUGUAGUAAACAGCUAGCAUGGCGUUUAUUAUUUGCAUUAGCUGUACAGUAUUAUAUAAUAGAUCGC